CAUUGGCACAAACUUCAUUUAUUUUUUUCGGACUUCGAACUGCUGUUGUAGAUAAUUUUGUUUUUAUUAGAUUUUCAUUAAUUUUAAGUUAUUUAUAAGUAAAAAUUAAAGAUGUCUCGUGUAUUAGUUGGUGUUAAAAGAGUGAUUGAUUACGCAGUUAAGAUCCGUGUGAAACCAGACAAAACUGGAGUAGUGACAGAUGGGGUGAAGCACUCAAUGAACCCAUUUGAUGAAAUAGCAGUGGAGGAGGCUGUUCGGAUGAAGGAGAAGAAGCUUGCCAGUGAAGUCAUUGCUGUUUCUUGUGGCCCUGCACAAGCCCAAGAGACACUUCGAACUGCACUGGCUAUGGGAGCUGACCGAGCUAUUCAUGUGGAGGUGGCAGGGGCUGAGUAUGACACCAUGCAGCCCCUUCAUGUAGCCAAAAUACUAGCUAAGCUCUCACAGGAUGAGAAGGCAGACAUUAUUAUUGUUGGGAAGCAGGCCAUUGAUGAUGACUCCAAUCAAACUGCACAAAUGACAGCUGCCAUCCUGGACUGGCCUCAAGGCACUUUUGCCUCUAAGGUAGAGAAGACUGGUGAUGGUUUGACAGUGACCAGGGAGAUUGAUGGGGGUUUGGAGGUGAUCAAGACCAAAUUACCCGCAGUGAUCAGUGCUGACCUUAGGCUGAACGAGCCCAGAUAUGCCACACUACCUAACAUCAUGAAAGCCAAAAAGAAGCCCAUGAAGAAAGUCAGUGCAAAGGACCUUGGUGUAGAUUUGUCACCUAGAAUCAAAAUCGUCAGCGUAGAAGAUCCCCCGGUGAGGCAAGCUGGUUCCAUCGUCCCAGAUGUAGACACCCUAGUCGCUAAGCUGAAGGAAGGGGGCCAUGUUUAAACCUGAGACCCUAAUAGAUCAACGGAUUAAAAAUAUCUGCAAUUUUAGUUAUUGAAAGAAGUCUGACAGUGUCACUAACAAUAUAUAUAGUAGGAUAAACAGAUGAAAAAAAAGCAUAAUUGAAGAACUGUUCUUGAUGGAGUGACUUUCUCUCAAUUCUCGACGCUCUUAUCAAAUCUGCUCAUUCUUGGUUAAUAGUUUAAGAAAUAUCCUUGGGCUCAAUUAUGAUAAAAUAACAAUUGAUUAGGUCGCAAUCGCCUCUAAUUGGCUAUUUUGCUAUUGGUGAAGAUGCAUUGUUGCCUCAAUAAUACUAUAAAUUCAGUCAAGUGCAGGUCCUACUGGUCUUCACGUGAUAACAAUCUUCUUCAGGGGGUUGAAUGAAAUCCGAAUGGUCGUAGGUUUGAAUCCCAUCCGUUGAUCUAUUGUCAUUCCUAUUCCUAGCAAAAGCUAUACGUUUAGAGAGGAAAAAGAAAUAUUAGUCAUGCUAAAUUAGCGAUGAGCGAUACGGAGAUGUUUCAACAAUCGAAAAAAUCGCAAUCGAGAUUUUUUUCAGUCAAGGAAUCUCGCUCUUCCACAUAACAAUCGAGAAGUUUUUCGAUUGUGUCGAGACAAUGGACUCGCCGCUCGCUAAGUGCCUAAUAUUCUUUUCAAAGUGAAAAAGAAAAACUAACUACCCGCAUCAUAGUUUAACACUUUAAUCUUUGAAUAGUUUAUGUAUAGUCAAUUUUGUACAUGGAAUUUUAAGAAUCAUUAUAGAUUGUAUGCCUGUUAAAUACAUUUUAUCGUGUUUA